AUGGGCGUGAAGAGGAAGAAACUCCUCCUGCCAGAGGAAGGGCUGUACCGCUGGCUGCUGCCAGCUAGCCCCUUGUUAGCCAACCUUCCUUGUAGCCAGCCCAGCCUUAACCCUCGCCUUUCCCCUCCGCCCAUGCCCCCCCGGCACCCCCUCUGGAGCUCCCCCGAGGGGAGCCAGCGCUCGGGGAAGGGAUCCCCCCCAUCCUCCAAAGGACCCCAGCCCAGGGACAUCAACAUGUUCUCAGCUGCCCACGAGCGGGCCCACGGCAAGCUGCUCGGCCGCCGCAUCUCCGAGGAGGACCCCUACGGCAUCGCCGACUAUGGCGGCAUCAACGAUGCCAUCACCUGCCUCAACCUGAAGUCCACCUACGAGUCGGAGGUGCUGCGGGAAACUGCCCGCGGCUGGAAGGAGGGCAGGAGCAUCUUCGAGAAGGAAUCGAGCGGCAAACCGGUGGCACGGAGCAAGACCAUGCCCCCCCAAGUCCCUCCGCGGACGUAUGUCUCCCGCUUCGGCAACCGGAAGAAUCUGGCACCGAACAAGAACCGCAGGAUCUCCAUCGACCCGGUUGCCCCCCGGCCGCAUUCCUUCACCAAUGGCUAUGAGCUCUUCGAAGUCUCCGAGGAGCGGGAUGAGGAGGUGGCUGCUUUCUGCCACAUGCUGGACGUGCUGCGGUCCGGCUACAGCACCAAGGACUAUUCCCUCACCGGCUUGGUGUGGAACGCCGUCAACCUCAGCCCGGAGCAGCUGGGCCACGGCGUCAGCCUGAAGGUGACGGUGGUGUGUGACAGCCUGCGGGAACCCCUCACCUUCACCUGCGACUGCUCCUCCACCGUGGACCUGCUCAUCUACCAAGCGCUGUGCUACACGCACGACGAGCUGCACACCAUCGACGUGGAGGACUUCGUGCUCAAGAUCUGCGGUUUGGAGGAGUUCCUGCAGAACAAGCACGCGCUGGGCAGCCACGAGUACAUCCAGCACUGCAGGAAAUUCGACAUCGACAUUCGCCUGCAGCUGAUGAAGAGGAAGGGGGUGCGCAGUGACCUGGCCCGGACGGGAGACUUCCCGCUGAAGGCCGAACGGGUGAUCCAGUCGGUCAUGGCCAUCUGCAACGCCCUGGCUGCCGUGGAGUCCCAGGAGAUCACGGCAGCCCUCAACCAGAUGCCCCCCUGUCCCUCCCGCAUGCAGCCCAAAAUCCAGAAGGAUCCAAAUGUUCUGGCCAAGAGGGAAAAUCGAGAGAGGAUCGUGGAGAGCCUGACGGCCGCCAUCCUCGACCUGGUUGAGCUCUACUGCAGCACAUUCAACGCCGACUUCCAGACGGCGGUGCACGGGAGCCGGGAGCACGGCGUGGCGCAGGAGGCUCGCCUGCUCUCCUGCCCGCUCUCCUUCACCGUCUACGCCACCCACCGCAUCCCCAUCACCUGGGCUGCCAGCUACGAAGAUUUCUACCUCUCCUGCUCCCUCAGCCACGGCGGCAAGGAGCUGUGCAGCCCCCUGCUCACCAGGAAAGCCCACGUCUACAAAUACCUCUUCCACCUCAUCAUAUGGGACCAGCAGAUCUGCUUCCCCGUCCAGGUGAACCGUCUGCCGCGGGAGACGCUGCUCAGCGUCACGCUCUUCGCCGUGCCCGUCCCGCCCCCGGGGAGCUCCUCCGACACCAACAAGCAGCGACGGGUCCCCGAGGCCCUGGGUUGGGUGACCACCCCCCUCUUCAACUUCAGGCAGGUCCUGACCUGUGGGCGAAAGCUCCUGGGCUUGUGGCCGGCGACCCAGGACAACUCCAGAGCCAGGUCGAGUGCCCCCAACUUCAACCAGCCAGACAGCGUCAUCCUGCAGAUUGACUUCCCCACCUCCGCCUUCGAGGUGAAGUUCACCAGCGCGCCGGCCGCUGAGUUCAGCCCCAAGUACGAAUUCGGCAGCCUGGGGGAGGAGGACCAGCGCAAGCUGCGGGAGGCGAUGCAAAAAAAAUCGCUCUACUGGCUGAUGGACGCCGAUCGCAAGCGGCUGUGGGAGAAGCGCUACUACUGCCACGUGGCGCCCGGCGCCCUGCCCAUGCUGCUGGCCAGUGAGCUCAGCUGGGAGUGGGCCUGCCUGCCUGACAUCUACGCCCUGCUCAGCCAGUGGACCUACAUGAGCCACCAGGAUGCCCUGGGGCUCCUGCACGCCACGUUCCCAGAUCAGGAGGUGAGGAGGACGGCCGUGCAGUGGAUCGACUCCAUCUCUGACACCGAGCUGCUGGACUACCUGCCUCAGCUGGUCCAGGCUCUGAAGUACGAGUGCUACCUGGACAGCCCACUGGUGCGCUUCCUCAUGAAGCGCGCGAUCUGCGACCUGAAGGUCACCCACUACUUCUUCUGGCUGCUGAAGGACGGCCUCAAGGACUCCCAGUUCAGCAUCCGCUACCAGUGCGGCGAUGACCUGCGGCAGGACAUGCUGACGCUGCAGAUGAUCCGGAUCAUGAACAAGAUCUGGGUUCAGGAGGGGCUGGACAUGCGCAUGGUCAUCUUCCGCUGCUUCUCCACCGGCCGCGGACGAGGCAUGGUGGAGAUGAUCCCCAACGCCGAGACCCUACGGAAAAUCCAGGUGGAGCACGGCGUGACCGGCUCCUUCAAAGACCGGCCGCUGGCAGACUGGCUGGGGAAACACAACCCCGAGGAGGACGAGUACGAGAAGGCCGUGGAGAACUUCAUCUACUCCUGCGCUGGCUGCUGUGUGGCCACCUACGUGCUGGGCAUCUGCGACCGGCACAAUGACAACAUCAUGCUCAAGACCACCGGCCACAUGUUUCACAUCGACUUCGGCAGGUUCCUGGGCCAUGCGCAGAUGUUUGGCAACAUCAAGAGGGACCGGGCACCGUUCGUCUUCACUUCGGACAUGGCAUAUGUCAUCAACGGCGGGGACAAGCCCUCCAGUCGCUUCCACGACUUCGUUGACCUGUGCUGCCAGGCUUACAACCUCAUCCGCAAGCACACCCACCUCUUCCUCAACCUGCUGGGGCUGAUGCUGUCCUGUGGCAUCCCCGAGCUCUCCGACCUGGAGGACCUCAAGUAUGUCUACGAUGCCCUGAGGCCGCAGGACUCUGAUGCAGAUGCCACCACCUACUUCACCAGGUUGAUCGAGUCCAGCCUGGGCAGUGUGGCCACCAAGCUUAACUUCUUCAUCCACAACCUGGCACAGAUGAAGUUCACGGGCUCCGACGCCCGCCCGACCCUCUCCUUCGCCCCCCGCACGCACACCAUCAAGACGUCCGGCCGGAUCCACGACGUCUUCCUCUGCCGCCAUGAGAGGGUCUUCAACCCCAGCAAGGGCUACACCUACGUGGUGAAGGUGCAGCGGGAGAGCCCAGGCGAGGUGGUCUUUGUGCAGCGCACCUUCGAGGAGUUCCAGGAGCUGCACAACAAGCUGCGCCUCCUCUUCCCCUCCUCGCUGCUGCCCAGCUUCCCCAGCAGGUUCGUCAUCGGACGGUCACGGGGCGAAGCAGUGGCUGAGCGGCGGAAGGAGGAGUUGAACGGCUACAUCUGGCACCUCAUCCACGCCACCCCCGAGGUGGCGGAGUGCGACCUCAUCUACACCUUCUUCCACCCCCUGCCACGGGACGAGAAAGCAGCGGGCACCAACCCGACCCCGAAGCCGGCAGACGCCACGUGGGCUCGGCCCCUGGGGAAGGUCGGUGGGGAGGUGAAGCUCUCCAUCUCCUACAAGAACAACAAGCUCUUCAUCAUGGUGAUGCACAUCAGGGGGCUGCCACCGUUGCAGGAUGGCAAUGACCCUGACCCCUACGUCAAGACCUACCUGUUGCCUGACCCCCAAAAAACCACCAAGAGGAAAACCAAAGUGGCCCGAAAAACCUGUAACCCCACCUACAACGAGAUGCUGGUCUAAGAUGGGAUUCCCAGGGGGGACCUGCAGGACCGCCUGCGGGACCUGGACCUGGCCCAGGAGAAGAUGGGCUGGUUUGCCCUGGGAUCCCGCGGCCAUGGCACCCUCUGA